AAGGAAUCUGAAAUAAAAUGCUUGAGCAUCUUUUUCAGAGAUGUAGAAGGGGUGCUGGGCUUGAAAGGCAGGCUGUGUGUGUCCCUCCAGUGUCAUUCAGGCCCUAACUGUGGGUUCACAAGUGGGAAGGGACACAUAGUUGAGUGGCUGGAGCAGCAGCUGUGCCAGAAUGAUGGCAAUGCUCUCAUCUCCACUGUUUCUGUCCUUGAAGCUCCACUUCCAGCCCCCAAACCCGUGGUGAUCUCCCAGCUGGAAGGAGGGGAAGAGCCCUGGAUCCCAGCUGUGCAGAGCCCAGAGGUCGUGGCAGAAGGCUUUUGCCCAGUAGGAGGUGGGAUCACAAAUAGAAAGGAGGAUCUGCAGAAAGGUGGUGUGGCUGAAAGGCAUUGGGGUAGUGGCUCUGUGGAAGAAAUGCGAAGGGAUGUCCGUGGGGGCCUGGAGCAAGGAAAGCACUUGAAGAAGGCACUUGGAAACCAUCCAGGAAAGAGAGUGAGGAACGUGCUGGGCUGCAGCACAGGUCAGGAGCUGCUGGAAGACGUAAGGAGCAAGGAAGAGUGCCAGAAGAAAAGGCAGAAUCGGUGUGAUGAGUCUGGGAAAAGCUUUAAGAGGAAUUCCAGCCGUGUUAACCAUGAAAGUAUUCAGCCUGGGGAGAGACUAUGCAAGUGUUGUGAUUGUGCAAAGAGCUUCAGAAGGAGUUCUGAUCUCAUUGUCCAUCAGCGCAUCCACACAGGAGAGAGUCCCUACAAGUGCCCUGAGUGUGGGAAGGGCUUCAGGAGACCUUCCUACCUCAUCAUCCACCAGCGCAUCCACACAGGAGAGAGACCCUACAAGUGCCCAGAGUGUGAGAAGAGCUUCAGAACAAGUGCCCAUCUCAUCAUCCACCAGCGCAUCCACACAGGAGAAAGACCCUACAAGUGCCCUGAGUGUGCGAAGAGCUUCAAAAGCAGUGCCCAUCUCAUCAGCCACCAGCGCAUCCACACAGAAGAGAGACCCUACAAGUGCUCUGAGUGUGGAAAGAGCUUCAGCAGACGUUCCCAUCUCAUCAUCCACCAGCGCAUCCACACAGGAGAGAGACCCUACAAGUGCCCGGAGUGUGGGAAGGGCUUCAGCAGACGUUCCCACCUCAUCCGCCACCAGCGGAUCCACACACGCAUCCACACAGGAGAGAGACCCUACAAGUGCCCGGAGUGUGGGAAGGGCUUCAGCAGACGUUCCCACCUCAUCCGCCACCAGCGGAUCCACACAGGAGAGAGACCCUACAAGUGCCCUGAGUGUGGGAUGAGCUUCAAAAUGAGUUCCCAUCUCAUCUGCCACCAGCGCAUCCACACAGGAGAAAGACCCUACAAGUGCCCUGAGUGUGGGAAGGGCUUUAAAACCAGUAGUGACCUCACUGUCCACCAGCGCAUCCACACAGGAGAGAGACCCUACAAGUGCCCUGAGUGUGGGAAGAGCUUCAAAUGCAGUAGUAAACUCACUGUCCACCAGCGCAUCCACACAGGAGAGAGACCCUACAAGUGCCCUGAGUGUGGGAAGAGCUUCAAAUGCAGAGCUGAACUCACUGUCCACCAGCGCGUCCACACAGGAGAGAGACCCUACAAGUGCCCUGAGUGUGCGAAGAGCUUCAAAACAAGUACCCAUCUCAUCAUCCACCAGCGCAUCCACACAGGAGAGAGACCCUACAAGUGCCCUGAGUGUGGGAAGGGCUUCAAAAGCAGUUCUUCCCUCUACUCCCACAAGCACAUCCACACAGGAGACACAUUGUAGCAGUGCCCUGAGCUUGUGAGAAGCUUCACAAGCCCUUCCAGCCCCAUUACCUACCUGCACAUCCACCCCGGACACAGAGACUGCAAGUGCUCCCAACUGCAUGCACCUUUCCCUGACAGUGAAUGCGUGGUUUCAUCGAAUGGAGUCAUGGUGUAGAGAGCAGGCAGCACUUGGUGUAAAGAAUAUAUGUCCCAGUGGGCGUUCACUUGAAGAUCAUGAGCCCAGCAGGGAAUAGUGCAUGUGAGCGAGAGCAGAGAAAUAUCAACUCUGGCCAUGUUCAGGCACCUGACCUUGGUUGUAGGGCAGACCCAAUCCCUCCAAUUCCCUUGCUUAUUCUGGAUGUAUCUGAAGAAAUUCUGCUUCCAGUUUCCUCUCUCUUGCUUCCUUUCUUUCUCCACUACCUGUAGAAUGGCUGCUUGGUGGCUUUUGGAGUCAAUGGUGAAUUACCAUGAGCACAGCGGUAAGAGGACGGACGUGCUGUUUCUCCCGAGGAACAAAAUGAGGGUACCCUGACAACCAGCUGCUGCCCCUGGUAACAAAAGGAUGCUAUGGAGAGGAUAGAAACCCAAAGAGUUCUAAGGAAGAACGGGUACCCCCUCCUCUGAACUGCAGCCGUGCAGGUCAACGAGCUGUCACUGAGCAACUUGCUGCCUCCUAUGGACCAACGAGACGUCACUGGAUCCCUGGUGCUGACUAUCCCCACUCUGUAAACCGUUUGCUAGAAUUUCUCUCUUUACUAUCGCCAGCUUCCCCAUCUCCCCCAUCCCCCUUAGUUGCUUAGACCUUGUAAUAAAUCAUUUGGACAACACUGGCUUGGUUUGGUGCCU